AUGAGUUCGGGAGCAAGUGUCCAGAACAACAAGAUCAUUAUGAUGAGUUUUAUCGGAUUUUUCAUCGCUGCUUUGAUAUGCAGCGUGGCAACGAUAGAAAUUCCACCCAACGGAAAUUCGCGGAUCGUUAAUGGACUUAAUGCUGCCAACGCCCCAUACAACGCGCACGUGCUCUACCUUAACUCGGGCAAUUCCGGUUUCUUUGGAGGAGGGUCUUUGAUUUCCGACCGUCACGUUCUAACGGCAGCCCAAAACAUUGCUGGCUUCGUACGCUGGGAAGUGGGACUAGGAAGUACUGUCUACGGGCAACUUACGACCCAGGUCUCGACUCAGGCUAUCGCUCAUCCAUCUUUCAACAUGGCUAACCGAGCUAAUGACAUCGGAUUCAUCAUACUUCCAUCGCCGGUUGUAUUUACCGCAUUAGUUCAACCCAUACAGCUACCACUCCAGGGCCGUACUCUACCGUAUGAGAAUGAGGAGGGCAUGGUAGUUGGUUUUGGAUUCAACGUCGUCAAUGGCCAAGUCCGUUCCGACUUCUUGAAGGUUGGAUAUCAGCGCGUUAUUGGAGAUUCUCGUUGCGUCGGUAUUUAUCAGAUCACUUUACCUAAUCAUUUCUGCGCCGAAGAUACCCUUCAACGUUCUAACGUGUGCAACGGAGAUCUUGGGGCGGGCUUAGUCGUUUCUGAGCGACGAGUAGAAACACUGGUUGGCGUUGCAUCGCUCUUAACUCAUUCCUGCGAUUCCAUCAAUCCGACAGGCUACACGCGUGUAUCAGCUUAUCGUCAAUGGAUUCGAGAUAAUACUGGUGUGUAA